AUGUUUGAUUACUUAAUGAGGUUGUUAGAUUCAAGAACAUCUAGAUUGGGGCCAACCCACGCUCUCAGAUCUAUUCAUGCUGAUUAUAUUGGUGGCAUGAAUUCUAAUUUUAGAAAAUGGUAUUUUGCAGCCCAGUUGGAUAUUGAUGACUUCGUUGGUUUUGACAAUCUUGCCAAAAAUGGGAAAAUCAAGGGGUCAAAUGACCCAGUUCCAACAUUGGAGCAAGCUGAACUGCAAUGGUCUACAAAUAUGUUAGCUUUAUCUCCUACUGAUUCAGUUAUACAAUUAGCCAUAUAUCUUUUGAUUUGGGGUGAAGCCAACAAUAUCAGAUUUAUGCCUGAGUGUAUUUGUUUUAUCUUCAAAUGCUGUAAUGAUUUUUAUUUUUCCAUCGAUCCUGACACACCAGUUACAACUGUUACUCCAAGCUUUUUAGACCACAUAAUCACUCCCCUCUACAACUUUUACCGAGACCAAUCGUACAUUCUUGUUGAUGGGAAAUACCGUCGUCGCGAUAAAGAUCACGAGUCUGUGAUUGGUUAUGAUGAUAUGAACCAAUUAUUCUGGUACAGCAAAGGUUUGGAAAGACUUGUUUUGGCAGACAAGAAAUCUAGAUUGAUGAGUCUUCCACCAGGAGAAAGGUAUGAGGAAUUAAAUCAAGUAUUAUGGAAUCGUGUCUUUUAUAAAACUUUUAAAGAAAACAGAGGCUGGUCUCAUGUAUUGGUAAACUUUCACAGAGUUUGGAUAAUUCACAGUGCUGUGUUUUGGUACUACACGGCUUUUAACUCGCCAACAUUAUACACAAAGAAUUAUCAACCGGCGUUAGACAACCAACCCACAACACAAGCAAGAUUGUCAGUGUUGGCGUUUGGAGGUGUGGUUGCCAUUGUUAUUGAUAUUAUCAGUUUAUUGUUCGAGUUACGGUUUAUUCCAAGAAAAUGGACUGGAGCUCAACCUGUUAGUAAAAGAUUAGCUUUGUUGAUUUUGGCGUUGAUUUUGAACGUGGGCCCAAGUGUCUACUUGUUUAUGUUUAUCCCAUUAAAUGUUCAGAACACAGUGGGUCUAGUUAUUUCUGCUUUCCAGUUUUCAUUUUCUGUCAUUAUGGUUUUAUAUUUGUCUACAGUACCAUUGGGGAGGCUUUUUUCCAAAAAACCUAAAGCUAACGAUAGAAGGUUUUUGCCCCAGCGUCUGUUUGUGACUAAUUUCUAUUCAUUAGCCGAAGGUGAUAGAGUUGCAUCUUAUGGUUUAUGGUUUGCUAUAUUUGUAUCAAAAUUCAUUGAGUCAUAUUUCUUUUUGACUCUAUCAUUGAGAGACCCAGUUCGUGAAUUGAGUAUAAUGAAAAUGAGUAGAUGUGCCGGUGAGGUAUGGUUAGGCAACUGGUUUUGUACUAGACAACCAACAAUUGUUUUAGGGUUAAUUUAUCUUACUGAUUUGGUAUUAUUUAUAUUAGACACCUACUUGUGGUACAUUGUAUGGAAUACUGUGUUUUCAGUUUGUCGCUCAUUUUACAUUGGCGUCUCAAUUUGGACUCCAUGGCGAAAUAUAUUUUCAAGGUUACCCAAGAGAAUAUUUUCUAAAAUAAUUUCGGUUUCUGGAGACAAAAAUAUAAAAUCAAAGUUACUUGUGUCGCAAGUAUGGAAUUCUAUCAUUAUUUCCAUGUAUCGUGAACACUUGAUAUCUUUGGAACAUGUUCAAAAACUUAUCUAUAAACAAAUCGAUAACCCCGGAGUUGAAGGGGAUUCUGUUUUGAAAGAACCAAUCUUUUUUGUUUCACAAGAGGAUCAAACGAUAAAGUCAUCAUUAUUUCAAGAUCAAGCAGAAGCACAGCGAAGGAUUACUUUUUUUGCUCAGUCUCUAUCAACACCUAUGCCUGAAGUGGGUCCAGUACAUUUAAUGCCGUCGUUUACAGUUUUAAUUCCUCAUUACAGCGAAAAGAUAACAUUAUCGUUACGGGAGAUAAUCCGAGAGGAGGAACAAUAUUCUCAUGUUACGAUGCUAGAGUAUUUAAAGCUGUUACAUCCAUUGGAAUGGAGCUGUUUUGUAAAAGAUACAAAGUUAUUAGCGGAAGAAUUUGAGACUGAUUCGUCUUCUGCUGAAAUUAAAAGAGAGAAACUUGAUGAUUUACCGUACUAUUCCGUCGGAUUCAAGGUUGCCACACCGGAAUACAUUCUUCGAACUCGAAUCUGGGCAUCACUUCGCUCCCAAACACUUUAUAGAACCAUUUCUGGUUUCAUGAAUUACUCUCGUGCUAUCAAGUUGUUGUUUGACGUCGAGAAUCCAGACCUGACUAAAUUUGGCACGGAGAACGACAAGUUAGAACAAGCUGCAAUAAUGGCCCAUCGUAAAUUCAGAAUAAUCACGUCGAUGCAAAGAUUAAAGUAUUUUACUCCCGAGGAAAAAGAAAACACAGAAUUCUUGUUACGAGCUUAUCCUGAACUACAAAUAUGUUACCUUGAUGAAGAAGUUGACGAGGCUUCUGGUGAAAUUGUCUACUAUUCAGCGUUAGUAGAUGGAAGUUGUGCCAUUUUGGAAAAUGGUGAAAGAGAGCCAAAGUACCGUAUUAGAUUAUCUGGGAACCCAAUUCUUGGUGAUGGUAAAUCUGAUAACCAAAACCAUUCAUUGAUAUUUUGCAGAGGAGAAUAUAUUCAACUAGUUGAUGCUAACCAAGAUAAUUAUUUGGAAGAAUGCCUUAAAAUUAGAAGCAUUUUGGCAGAAUUUGAGGAAGCAACUUUCCCCUUGGAUCCUUACUCGACUGAUUUGGAAGGCACAGAGCUGGUUUAUCCUGUUGCCAUAAUUGGGACAAGAGAAUAUAUUUUUUCUGAAAAUAUUGGAAUUUUGGGAGAUGUAGCUGCUGGGAAAGAACAAACUUUUGGUACUUUAUUUGCCAGAACUUUGGCCCAUAUUGGAGGUAAAUUGCAUUAUGGCCAUCCAGAUUUUUUAAAUGGAAUCUUUAUGACAACUAGAGGCGGUGUUUCCAAGGCACAAAAAGGUUUGCAUUUGAAUGAAGAUAUUUAUGCCGGUAUGAAUGUUGUUUUGAGAGGCGGCCGUAUCAAACAUUGCGAAUACAUGCAAUGUGGAAAGGGAAGGGAUUUAGGAUUUGGCUCAAUAUUGAAUUUCACUACAAAGAUAGGAGCAGGGAUGGGUGAGCAAAUGCUUUCAAGAGAGUAUUUCUAUAUGGGUACACAACUUCCAUUGGAUAGGUUCUUGUCAUUUUACUAUGCACAUUCAGGGUUUCAUUUGAAUAAUUUGUUUAUUAUGCUUUCUAUUCAUUUAUUUUUGCUUGUUGGUGCUAAUCUUGCAGCUUUAACUAGCGAAAGCACCAUUUGUGAAUAUGACAGAUUCAGACCCAUAACUGAUCCCAAACGGCCACAUGGAUGUUACAAUUUGAUUCCUGUUGUCCAUUGGUUGCAGAGAUGUAUAUUUUCUAUUUUCAUUGUGUUUGUUAUUUCUUUUGUUCCAUUGGCUGUUCAAGAAUUAACUGAAAGAGGAUUUUAUAAAGCUAUCACAAGGUUGGGUAAACAGUUUGCAUCGUUUUCUCCGUUGUUUGAAGUGUUUGUUUGUAAAAUCUAUGCCCAUUCGUUGUCCAGUGAUAUUUCAAUUGGUGGAGCCAGGUAUCUUGCCACAGGUAGGGGGUUUGCAACUAUAAGAGUCCCAUUUGCCACAUUGUAUUCCAGAUUUGCGGUUGAGAGUUUGUAUUAUGGAUCCAUUUGCGGAUUAUUGAUAUUUUACUGUUCCCUAUCAAUGUGGAAGUUGCAACUAUUGUAUUUCUGGAUUACAAUACUUGGACUUUUGAUAUGUCCCUUUUUGUAUAAUCCUAACCAGUUUUCUUGGAAUGACUUUUUUCUCGAUUACAAGGAAUGUAUCCAGUGGUUUUACCGGGGUAACAGCAAACCAAGGCUUUCUUCGUGGAUAAAUUUUACCAGGCUCAAACGAAGUCGGAUUGUCGGGGUCAAAAGCAAAAGAUACAGCAUAAAUGAAGAGAUUAAAGUGGUUAGUGAAGUGAAACCAUCAAGAUUCAAACUCAUUAUAUCAGAAUCAUUCUUACAGUUGUGUGUAAUCACCUUGGUUGGCCUUGCUUAUUUAUUUACCAACUCCCAGAACGAAUCUAGAGGAACCUAUCCAGUCAACAGUAUCUUGAGAAUUCUUAUUAUAAGCUUUGUUCCUAUUGGAGUAAACCUCGUAAUAUUGAUUGCUUGCUUUGUGGUGUCUAUAUCAAUUGGUCCCAUUUUCACAUUAUUCUGUAAGAAAUUUCCCUCAUUUGUUGCAGCAAUAGCACACUUGCUAGCAGUCGCCAAUCAUGUAUUUUUCUUUGAGUUGUUAUGGCUAUUUCAGAAUUGGAACUUUUCAGUUACAGUUCUUGGGUUUGCAUUAUCGGCCUUAAUUCAGUGUUGGUUUUUGCAAAUGAUGACGAUCUUGUUAGUUUCCAGAGAGUUCAGACACGAUAGGUCUAACCGCUCAUGGUGGUCAGGAAAAUGGGCAACAGCUGGUUUAGGUUGGUAUAUAAUAACUCAACCCAUGAGAGAAGCUGUAUGCAAAUUGAGCGAGAUGUCUUAUUUUGCUGGUGAUUUAGUUGCAACUCAUAUCAUUUUGUUUGCUCAGAUCCCGAUAUUAUUGAUCCCCUAUGCUGAUAAGUGGCAUACUUUAAUGUUAUUCUGGCUAAAGCCAGGGAACCAGAUACGUCCUAGAAUAUUAUCCAAACGUCAAAAACGAAGAAGAAGAUUUCAGGCAAACUUGUACUUGCUCAUCUUUUUGUUGGGAUUAAUAUUGUUUUCCAGUAUAUUCGUUUUACCACUUAUUGCUACCAAGUAUUUUGAUAUCGAAUUCUCUGAAUAUAUUCCAGAGUUUUUUCAUCCAUUGUUUCAACCCUACGAUGCUCCUACAAAUCUGAAAGGAUUAAAGAAAAAAUUAGAAAUUAAGCAUUACUAG